AUGACUAUUGUAGAUGGGGAGAACCAUCCCCGUGUUUGGGCAACACUUAUAACAGGAGCCAACUAUCUACCUGGGGUGUUGACGCUAAACUACUCUCUUGUGAGGGCAAGGUCCAAGUAUCCGUUGGUUGCAUUAUACACCGACAAGUUAGACAGAAAAUCACUUGAGGCGUUACACAAGGACAAGAUUGCCACAUUGAAAAUAGAAGCUUUAGAACCCUGCAUUGGGGAACUGCACUUGCAAAUUGACUCCAGAUUUAUAGAUACGUGGACAAAGUUAUACGUUUUCAAGUCAUACCAGUUUAAGAGAAUUGUGCAUUUGGAUUCAGAUAUGUUGGUGUUACAGAAUAUGGAUGAAUUGAUGGAGAUGGAAAUGGGGGAUUUCAAAUUCGCAUCAACACAUGCAUGUCUAUGCAAUCCAUAUAGGUUUAAACACUAUCCGCCUAGUUGGAAUAAGCAGGCCUGCGUCUAUACAUACCAUGACAAACACAUGGCGUCCCGCUUUGAUAUUCCAAAACACAUGGGACCAAGCUCUCACCUUGGAUUGUCAAAAUUAAAUUCGGGAAUUCUCGUUGUAGAACCAUCGGUAGAGACAUUUGACAUGAUACUCGAUGCCUUACAGGAUAAGGAAAAGACUUGCAAUUAUAAAUUCCCGGACCAAGAUUUAUUAGCAGAUGUUUUCUAUAAGAAAUGGCUUUCAAUAUCGUACAUUUACAACUGUUUGAAAACUUUUAAAAAUUGCCAUUCAUCUCUAUGGGACUUGUCACAAAUAAAAAACAUCCAUUAUAUUCUCUCUCCCAAACCUUGGGAUGUUGACCGAAAUUAUUUAGAUGACUCAGGGACUUUUGAAAUGUGGUGGAAUAUGAACGACGAACGUUUACGCAUGUCCAAUAGUCCCUGUUCUUGA